AUGGAAGGUUUGACAGAAGUUGACAGGCAGAAGGAGGAGUUGCAGUUGUUGAGGGAAGCUAAGGAAAGAGUGGAAGAAGAGUAUGAGAAGAUUAGGAUUGAGAAUGAAGAGUAUAAGAGGGAAUUGGAAGGGUUGAGAAGAGCGAUGAGGAGUGCAGACGAGGGAAUGAAAGAGGGAGUGAAAGAGGCUGAGCAGUGGAUGAUUGAGAAGAUGGAUGAAAAGCCAGGAAUGGUAAAGAAAGUGGAAGAGCGAGAGGAUGAGAGUGCAAGUGAUGAAGGUGAUAUGAUUGCAGUAAGUGAGGAUAGGAAAGAAGGGAGACAGGAUAAGGAUAGGGAUGAGGAUAAGGAUAAGAAAGGGCUUGAGAAGAAGAAGAAUAAGGGAAAGAAAGUUAGUAAGGAUGAUAGACAAGAUGUGAAAGGAAUUGAGAAUGUUGAGAAAAAGGAAGAGUACAGGACAGAAUGA